GUCAUCACAUCAACGAAGCCAGAGCACAACAGCCAAGCAAAACUACGAACGCCGAGAAAAGAAGACGAGGGAGGGUGGAGAAACACCGUUAAAAUAAAUUUCCCAAUCUGGUUCUCCGUUGCUCGCUUCUCCGAUUCCUCCUGCCGCGGCUAUUUUGUAGGCGCUCGCGCUGCGAUUAAACCACGCCAUUCGUGGAGAAGGCGAGGAAGAUUGAGAGGACAUUCUUUGAGGGCCGGAGGGGAGUGCGGCCGGCCAUCGCCGCGCGCGAGACGGCGACCGGCUAUGAUCUGAUCCGCGCCUGGAGGAAUCGCCGGAAAGAUCCGUGGAGCUUCGUGACUUUUGGGGGCAGAAAAAAGUGUGCCUUUUGAGGGGGAUUUUUUUUUUUUCAUUUCUUUCCAUCAUGCCGGAAUCUGGUUUCUAUUGUUCCAAGAAGACGGACGAUAUCUGCGAGGAUGUCUGCGGCGAGAUGUCGAAGGCAGGUCUGAGCAUGUCGCGACUCCGUUGCGCUCUCCGAGGAUUCGAUUUCAAGGCAUUGCUUCUCCUCCUCAUCGGAGUUCCUAUCCUUGUUGUUAUCAUCUACUUGCAUGGGCAAAAGAUCACCUACUUCCUCCGACCCAUCUGGGAGUCCCCUCCCAAACCCUUCCGCACCAUCCCCCACUACUAUCAUCACAACGUCUCAAUGGAGCGCCUCUGCCAGAUUCAUGGGUGGGGCGUUCGGGACACCCCUCGCCGUGUUUAUGAUGCUGUCUUGUUCAGCAACGAACUCGAUAUGCUCGAGAUCCGGUGGCAAGAGCUCAGUCCGUACGUCUCAGAGUUUGUCCUCCUUGAAUCCAAUUCUACUUUCACUGGUCUGAUAAAGCCCCUCUCUUUUGACAACAAUCGGCAACGAUUUAAGUUUGCUGAGUCACGGCUAACCUAUGGUAAUAUUGGGGGAAGGUUCGUGAAGGGAGAGAAUCCCUUUGUUGAGGAGUCGUACCAGCGAGUGGCCCUGGAUCAGCUUCUAAGGAUAGCAGGUAUCGAGGAUGAUGACUUGUUGAUCAUGUCUGAUGUUGAUGAGAUCCCAAGCGGCCAUACAAUUGACCUCCUGAGGUGGUGUGAUGAGAUUCCUGAGAAACUUCAUCUGCAACUCCGUAAUUAUCUCUACUCGUUUGAGUUUUACCUUGAUGACAAGAGUUGGAGGGCUUCCAUUCACAGGUACCGGUUAGGGAAGACCAGAUAUGCCCAUUUCCGUCAGACUGAUGAUCUGUUUGCUGAUUCCGGUUGGCAUUGUAGCUUCUGUUUCCGUCAUAUAAGUCAAUUCAUAUUUAAGAUGAAGGCAUAUAGCCAUGUCGACCGUGUGAGAUUUGCCUACUACUUGAAUCCUAGCAGAAUUCAAGAUGUGAUAUGUCGAGGAGCAGACCUGUUUGACAUGCUUCCAGAGGAAUACACAUUUCAACAAAUUAUUGCUAAGUUGGGUUCAAUACGUAGUUCAUAUUCUGCUGUCGGUCUUCCUUCUUAUCUACUUCAGCAUGUUGACCAGUAUCGGUACCUCUUGCCUGGCAAUUGCAGGCGAGAAAGUGAGUGAGUUUUCGUUGAUGGUACUUCUGAUUGCUUGCAUAUGCUACAGGGUCUUGUUGAGAAAAUUGAUGAGUAUCUAAAACUGUUGGAUGAUGCCUCCGGGAUGAACUGCAAGCAGUGGAGUUUUAUUGUGAUGUGAUAUAAUGUUAGUGAAGCUGAUUGUAUUUCUACAAGUUUUCCUGGUUCCAUCGCUAUUUAUUAGUCGAGGGAGGUCAGGAAAAUUUAGUAGCACUGGAGGUUCGACUCUACUUACCUCAUUGAUAUAUAAUAUUAUACCAGUUAUUGUAGAAAGGAAAUUGAGGAAUGUUUGAUUGGUGGAUUUUUGAAAACUAAUUUAUUCAUGUAUUUUCUUCAAAGUUCUCUAGAAAUUUAUCAACCUCAUCAUUACAUGUCC